CUCUCUUCCUCUUCUACCUCUUCUUCUUUUCCUAUAUUCUGUGCUCUACGAGUGACCGAAGCUGGAGUCGUCUCGCAGUGAUAAUCAAAAAUAGGGCACGAGAGAUUCAAUCAAGAUGGAAAAGACGCGAAGGAGUUUACGACUCGUGCUGUCGAUUUUGCUAUCGAUACUGCUGGCAAAUGUACACGGAGAAGCACCUCUGGACAGCAGCGCUCUCCCGUUGGAGCAUAGAUCGGUGUACGGACCCCCGGCGCAGUACGGAGCGCCGGCCCUGCCGCACGGCGGCGCCGAGGAGAACUGGCCCCUCGCCACGUCGGACACGCCUCAGAUCAAGCACCUGCAGGUGCAGUGCGAGAAGACCCACAUGCGAGUCAACAUCGAGUUCGACCGGCCCUUCUACGGCAUGAUCUUCAGCAAAGGCUUCUACUCGGAUCCUCACUGCGUCCAUCUGAAGCCCGGCACAGGCCACCUGAGCGCCACCUUCGAGAUCUUCCUCAACUCGUGCGGCAUGAGCUCGUCGGCCAAUCACAACGUCGCACCCUACGGCUCGCCCACGCCGUCGGGCAGCUACGUCGAGAACACCAUCAUCAUCCAGUACGAUCCCUACGUGCAGGAGGUCUGGGAUCAGGCGAGAAAGCUGCGCUGCACCUGGUACGACUUCUACGAGAAGGCCGUGACCUUCAGGCCGUUCCAAGUCGACAUGCUCCACGCCGUGACGGCCAACUUCCUGGGCGACAAUCUGCAGUGCUGGAUGCAGAUUCAGGUGGGCAAGGGCCCGUGGGCUUCCGAGGUCUCCGGUAUCGUCAAGAUCGGCCAGACCAUGACGAUGGUGCUGGCCAUCAAGGACGACGAGAACAAAUUCGACAUGCUGGUGAGGAACUGCGUGGCUCACGACGGAAAGAGAGCACCGAUUCAACUGGUUGAUCAGUACGGCUGCGUCGUCAGACCUAAGAUCAUGUCUAGAUUCCAAAAGAUCAAGAACUUCGGACCGUCGGCCUCCGUGGUGAGCUUCGCCUACUUCCAGGCCUUCAAAUUCCCCGACAGCAUGAACGUGCACUUCCAGUGCGUCAUUCAAGUCUGCAGGUACAACUGCCCCGAGCCCAAGUGCGCCGGUCAUCCCGGUCUCGAGGGCUACUCGUCGAACAACAACAUCGCCUCGGAGUACGGAGCUCCGGUUCAUCAAGGAAUCUCGUCCGAGUACGGAGCACCACCGAUACCCGAGUACGGAAUUCCACCGGCUUACGCCGAUCCUCGCCAUCCUAGCGGUCCUACUGGCGCCUACAGUGAGCCAAGUCCCGACGUAGUGCCAGCCCCGCAAGCUCAAGUCUCCUCGUCGUCGCCAAGCUCGACGUCGUCGAACAACAACCAGAACAACAACGACAACACAGCCAGCAGCUCGGCACCUCAGAGCGCCGCUCAAACUGCCCAGCAGCAACAGCAAGACGUUCAUUUGCCACCCCCACCACUACCUGGACACCCAGCCACGACUUACCAAACCGUGAAGAGGAAAGGAACGGUGGGCAGCGAUGAACUCGAGGGUAACCUCGCCACACUCGGCGGCAGGCCGAGGUCAGUCGAAGGUCUCUCCGCUGAAUUGCGAGGAGUCAGGAGGAGGAGAAACGUCAUCGAGAUUAACAAAGAUCAAAUUGAGGAUACCUUCCACACGAUAAAGCUGGUAGCCACCCCCACGAAUCACGUGUACAAACGCGCCGCCCAAGAGAUGACGGACGUCAACACCUCGCGCAUCAUCCAGGUGGUGGCGCCGGGCGACGUGAAUUUCGCCCUCGGCACCCAGGGCGGCGCCGACAACGACACGACGACGGUCGUGAUCCAGGACGCCGCGACGAACACAGACCCGGAGACGAUCUGCAUGUCUCUACCCGGUUUCGUCGGUGGCCUCGUGAUGCUGCUGCUGGUGAUCGUCGUCGCCUCGCUCGUGGCGGCCUUCCUGUACGUGCGCGUGCGCCAGGUCGAUCGCAAGACCGCCGGUUUCGCCAAUAUGGGCUUCGCCCAUCCGGCCUACAUGGCGGAGAAUCAUCCCGAGCUCGUCAAAGUCAAAUGAGAGAGAAUUGAUAUGAAACAGAAGAAAAAAACGUUCGAAUUUUUUAACUCAACUUGUUAUUUACAUUCUUAGUAGUGGAGAGGGAGAAAAGCGAAAAAAAUAAGAAGAAGAGAGUGCAGAAAGCGUAGUGCGAUACACGCUUAUGCAUUAUAUACAUAUUAUAUAUAAUAUACAUAGGGACUGUCGUUAAGAAUUAACUCGCGUCCUCUCUCCGAGCGUCCAAAGGUGGCCAAAAAGAAAAGCGGAGCGACCACCGCACGUGCGAAUUAGCUACACACACACGGUGGCCUCUCAAAGCAACUAAGUAUAUAUAAUACACACUCGACAUAAAUAUAUAUACACGCAGUCAUCGUCGUUUACUUUACUCCGAUAUAAACAGAAGACACAGGCAAAUCUCCACACACCAAAGUAUACACGCAUCCUUCAGCUGUAAAGCAAACGACGACGACUACGAGGAUGCUUCAUAAUACAUAUUAGAAUCUAUAUUAUAAUAAAAAAAGACACACAUAUACAUACAAAAAAAAAUUAUUAUACAUAAAGGUAAAGACUGAGACAUCGUUCGGAUGUUAAGCGUUGAUGGUGUAUUGACGGGAGACAAAGUCUUGAUGAUAAUUCGAAAGUGAGCCGACUGUGGCAAUGUCACGUGUAAAUAUAGACCGCUGACGCGCGCGCCAAACUCCGUGCAUUGUUAUUUUUUUAAUUCAUGUAAAAGGCAACAAUCGAAAGAGCGAGGAAACGUGAUGCGAGUUAUGUUUAUAAUGUACGCGCGGUUUUUGCGGAAAGAAUGCAUCAUUAUUAUUAUUAUUAUAUUAUACG